AACCAGAGAACAGAAACUGCCCAGCUAAGCUCCCAUAAGACUUCAUACAACUUAAUACUCUGCAUUGUGAGGGUCGCAGAAGCCAAGGUCUCCUAAAGGAAGACAGCUCACAUUUGGCUACCUGUUGUCAACUUUUUAUCUUUCUCUUGACCACUUAAAAAAAGCUUGUCUUCCUACUUCUGCCUUCCUGGCACCAUGGAAAAAGUCCAAUACCUCACUCGCUCGGCUAUCAGGAGAGCCUCGACUAUUGAAAUGCCUCAGCAAGCACGUCAGAAUCUCCAGAACCUAUUUAUCAAUUUCUGUCUCAUCUUGAUAUGUCUGCUGUUGAUCUGCAUCAUCGUGAUGCUCCUGUGAGGAGCUACUGCCACCUCCAGACCCGCAACAUGCCAGCUCGCUGGGAGUGGCCAGAGUGAGCACUCCAUCGUGGGGCUGGGGCGCAAGGCUGCCACCUCCUGCUGAGAACAGCUUCCUGAAGGUCAUGAUUAAGAGUGAAACUAAUUGUUAGCCAGUGUAUUUAUUCAUCUGCUGGAGCUUGUAAACAAACUUUACAAUGACUAAGUGUGCAUAAUGUAGCUCCCAAUUUCCUCAACAUGGCUCAUAAAUUUCUUUCCUAAAUAGAUUUCAUUUCUGACAAUGAAGUAUGAGUUUUAAUUUUGAAACACCACUACAAAAGAAGUUCACUUUUUAUAUCCAGCUCUAGAAAGGUCACUUUACAGCUCCAGUUUGGGGAAUAAAUGAAAUUUAUACUGCAAUGCCACCACUUCUUUUUUAUAGGGACUAUGUAUUCUUCAGGUCUCCACAAAGUAGAAAAAUAAUAAUUUAAAUGAAGUGUUCUUAUUCAAAGUAGCUCACUGGGUUCUCACACAGAGACGAUGAUGACGAUGAUGAUUCAGAAGUCUCGGUCAUCACUGUCAGAACAAAUACCUUGAAAAAUGUUUGUGUCCUUUUUCUACACACUAACAUUUUUAAGCUUACGGGAGUCAAAAAGGGAAAUGUAAGAACAUACUCUCAUAUAAAUUCCUCACUGAUUUCUCUCAAGGACUGUGGAAUACAAGUACAUUUACUUUAACCACAAAUCUGCUUUCUGUAGGGUUUGAUCAAGAAGCAAGAGCAUCUUACUGUGUGGCUGUGAUAAUCACUAAAAAGCCAGACUCUCACCUGAAGUUUGAUACUGGCAUGUAUCUCCUUGGUUUAAUAGGGUUUCUCCAAAUAGUUAAGAACAAUAAUGAACAAGUUAUAAUAAGAUAUAGCUCUUCCCCUGCAUCCCAGAGAGGAAAUGAUCGCUUUCCUAACUUAAGAAAUAAACUAGACAUCUAUUUCAUAAUUCUUACUCAUCAUGGUUUCAAUUUCCCUUUCUAAGUUUCUAAUGCCUCUCAAUAACUACUAAAACAGGAGCAAAAAUUAGAAAAUAUAUUCACCAAAAUUUAGAUACUUGAAUUGGAUCAAGUACAAAACCGUUUACACCUAUCUUUGCAAACCCACAAUUUUAAGUCCAGUUCAAGAUAUGCUACCAACAUAGCAACUAUUAAGGAAGAAAGUUGUAAUUAGAUAUAUUUUCCAUAACAAUUACUACAAAGAUAUAAAGCAUCAAUAUUCACUUUGGUCCCUAACAGAGCAUGCUGAUUCAAACUGUUUGAAUCCCUGGUAGAAAGGGAGAUGUUUGGGUUCAGAAAUUAUCUAAAGAGUAACCACAAAAGGAGUCCAUUGUUAAUAGAGGGUCUCUUCAUAAAGGCUGGCGGUGCCCAUCAUAGAAACUAUAAAAUACGGAUGACAUCAUCAGUGGUUUUUAUUGUUCCAUUUCUGAUGCUGUGACCCUU